AUGGCAACUUAUUUUGGAGUUACCUCAGCAGUGUUUUUCACCUGGGUUAUGACAUUCAUGGCUCAAAAUUACUUUAUAUCAGGUUCCAUUCUUCCACCUUGCAGGAUCACAGGUGUAGGAAUUUAUCUUGAGGAGAAAGUGAAUUUCUCAGAAGCAAGUAAUGCAUGUAAUCAACUGAAUCUACAAUUGGCAAGUAAAGACCAAGUUGAAAAGGCUUUGAAACAUGGCUUUGAAACAUGCAGCUAUGGAUGGGUGAACGACGGAGUGGUUGUUGUUCCUCGGAUUACAUCCAAUGAGAAAUGUGGUAGGGGCAAAGUUGGACUAGUGCAAUGGCAUGCUGAUCUCUUUAAAACAUUUAAUGUUUACUGCUUCAAUUCCUCAGAUGUUCAGAUUAAUUCAUGUAAACCAGAUCCAACUACAACGAAACUACCUUCAUCAAGUGCACCAACGGACUUAACUGCAUAUUCAGGCUCUGAUUUGACUGAGAACAUCACAGCAGUACCCAGUGUGACUGAGUCACAACAAUCCCUGAAAAAGAGAAAAUUUCGCGUAAUAUGUGUAACUGAAACUGUAUUACCAACAGAGGGGAUUACUACAAAAAUACCAGAGGAAUACUUACCAAGUGACUCUCCUAACUACACUUCCCAUGCUGCCUUUAAGAAUGAUGCUGUUAUCUUUGGAGGUAUCCCCACUGCACUUCUUGUACUGGCAGUCAUCUUCUUCAUUAUUUCAGUUGUUCUAGCAGUCUGCUAUAUUAAAAAGUACAAGAAAACCUUCCCAUUUUCAAACAAGAAUCAGCAAAAAGAAAUGGUCGAAACUACAGCUCUCAAAGAGGCCAAGUCAAAUGACAAAACACCUGAGAAGGAAACAAAUAAUGGAAAAAAGGUAGAAGAGUGUAAAACCAAGCCUGAGGCCACAGUAAAAUGUCUGGAAGCAGAAGUUUAA